ACAGGUGCGUGACAGUCGGAGCUCUCUGCAGGCAUGUACGGCAAAGGCAAGAGCAACAGCAGCGUCCCGUCCGACAGCCAGGCCAGGGAGAAGUUAGCACUGUAUGUAUAUGAAUAUCUGCUCCAUGUAGGAGCACAGAAAUCUGCCCAGACAUUUUUAUCAGAGAUAAGAUGGGAAAAAAACAUCACAUUGGGGGAGCCCCCAGGAUUCUUGCACUCUUGGUGGUGUGUAUUUUGGGAUCUCUACUGUGCAGCUCCAGAAAGGCGAGAAACAUGUGAACAUUCAAGUGAAGCUAAAGCCUUUCAUGACUAUAGUGCUGCAGCAGCUCCCAGUCCAGUGCUAGGAAACAUUCCCCCAGGAGAUGGCAUGCCAGUAGGUCCUGUACCACCGGGUUUUUUUCAGCCUUUUAUGUCCCCUCGAUACCCUGGAGGUCCAAGGCCACCUUUAAGAAUACCCAAUCAGGCACUUGGAGGUGUCCCAGGAAGUCAGCCAUUAUUACCCAGUGGGAUGGACCCAACACGACAACAAGGGCAUCCAAACAUGGGUGGGCCAAUGCAGAGAAUGACUCCUCCAAGAGGAAUGGUUCCAUUAGGACCACAGAACUAUGGAGGUGCAAUGAGACCGCCACUGAAUGCUUUAGGUGGCCCUGGAAUGCCUGGAAUGAACAUGGGUCCAGGAGGUGGUAGACCGUGGCCAAACCCAACGAAUGCCAAUUCUAUACCAUACUCUUCAGCAUCUCCUGGGAAUUAUGUAGGUCCUCCAGGGGGUGGAGGGCCACCAGGAACACCCAUCAUGCCAAGUCCUGCAGAUUCAACUAACUCUGGAGAUAACAUGUACACUUUAAUGAAUGCAGUUCCACCUGGACCCAACAGAUCUAAUUUUCCAAUGGGCCCAGGGUCAGAUGGACCUAUGGGUGGAUUGGGUGGAAUGGAAUCACAUCAUAUGAAUGGAUCUUUAGGCUCAGGAGACAUGGACAGUAUUUCCAAAAACUCUCCCAGUAAUAUGAGCAUGAGUAAUCAGCCUGGCACUCCCAGAGAUGAUGGUGAAAUGGGUGGAAAUUUCCUAAACCCUUUUCAGAGUGAGAGUUACUCCCCCAGCAUGACAAUGAGUGUGUGAUCCAUACCAAGUCUCCUCAUGAAGACCGCAGUGAGUUGGCCCUCUUCAGAGAGCUACUACAGAAGAAAAUUACAAGUCCCAGUGUACAGUUUAACAAAAGGAUCUCAGACACAACCAGACCCACCAUCUUUUCCUACCAUCUCCCCAGUUUUGUGAAGAAAGUGGGUCCAAACAUGAUUCAAACAACUGUAAAGAGUGGCAUAACAGAACUGCCCAAGAGUGAACUGCAAACAAUUAUCUGUGUAUGUAUAAGUGCGGAUAGAUGUAUAUGUGUGUGGAUAUGUUAUAUUGACAUACAUACACACACAUAUACAUAUAUAGACCUGCAGGACAUUGUAAAAUAUUAUCACAUGACAUCUUAAGUAGAAAUAAGAUAUAGAGACUUUUAUUCCAUCUUUUUUUCACGUUUACAUUUUAACUAUUAAAAUUUGCGUUCCCUCUCCCCCCCGAACUGUUCUGUGCUACGUAUAUCACUGCUUUAUAAAUUAUUUUUUAAGGUGAACCCAAAUGGUCAAUUGUUCUGAUUUUGUAAAUGUCUGCCAUCAUGGAUAGGAAUAAAAUUGCUCAUAAGAGGGCUUUCAUAAACUUGUAUUUCAUACCAGUUACCCUGUGAAUCUCAAACUGUACUCUCUCAAGAAAUAGAAGAAAGCUCAUCUUAAUUUUGUGGGGAAAUUUAAUAAUUUGUCACCUGGCUUUGGUGGUGGUUGUGUUUUUUUGUGGUUUUGUUUUGUUUUGUUUUUGUGCUUAGUACCUUUAAAAAUAGGAGCACUGAAGGUUAUUUUUCCUCCUCAAAUGAGGCCUAAGAUCUGCAAAAUCUACUUUAAAUGGAAGUCUGAGUUUGAUACAAGAUUCUCAGUUUAUUCAGAGUAUUUUAAAGUUGCUGUAAGUGAGCUCCAAUUGCUAUAGAACCUAGCUAUAACGUGGCAGGGCUUCUUCAGUCCUUGGAAAUAAGUUUUCCCUUUAGCCUGAUCUUCCAUGUGCGUGGUGGCAAGUAGAAAUACAAUACAAUCCCUAUUACUGAAACCUUUUUUUCUAACAAACUACCAGCUUGUCUCCCUUUUCAAUUGAUUCUUGGCUGACUCCCAAUUAUCCAUAGUCCUGAUUAUCAGAACAUAUUUAGGGUCUGCCAAGCGAUUCAGAUAAUCAGGACUGUACUUGAUUAGUUAUUUUUCACCAGGAAUACUAGAGCUGAACUCCUUAGAAACUUUCCAGUACAUAAUCACAUUAGUGAACCAAAAUGAUUGAGCAUUUUGUGGGUACUUCCCAUGCAAGGAAUGUUGGAAGGCUCAUGCCCUUAUACCAGAAACAGAACAGGAACAGAGGUCUGAGCCUUUUUAUAAGAAAAUUAGUAUACUGUAUUUCCAAACUUUGGAGAUUGGGGUGGAAAAAAGGAGAGUGAUUAUACAGCUUCCUGUACCAUCAAAGAAAAGGGGGGUAAAGCUCUAAAAUCUAACAUUAUAUUACAUUUAAUUCCUAAUGACUCCCACCUUCCCCAAGAAAAUGAAAGGUUGUACCUGCGUGGUAUGAAAAAGGGUGAUGUUCAGUACCUCAGGCACAAAGUGUCUGAAUUAAAUUCAUUCUGCAGAUACCAAGCAAUGUUCACCCCUCAAAAUUCACACCUCAGUGGGACAUCCCCAAAAUAUGGUGCUCACCUGCAGAUUUGUGAGGAGAAUUUUGCCCUUAAAUUGUGAUAAAGGGUUGCAUGUUAUGGGGUCAGUGUGCAGGGAGACGCACGUCACUGCAUGUGUCAGGAGUAGAUCAAAUUCCCUAUGAGCAUAUAAAUGAAUAAAAUUAGAAUGUCUUUUACCCCACUGUUGGAACUACAUAAAGAUUAAUCUCUUCUUAGGCACCAGACUGUUACCUGAAAUUGUAUUCAAAUUUUUAAAAAUUCAUGAAAAGUUUACCUUUAGUUAAAAAUAAUAAUAAUAAUGAUAAUUUGUAACCUUAAAUUAGAUAGAAGUAUUGAUAUGGUUCUGUUUACUUUACUCCCGGUUAUUAUUGAGUUUAAGUUAAUUUAUUCAUCUUUUGAAAACAAAUAGUUUUUUGCUGUCUCUCAAAAAGAUUCUUGGAACACUAAUCAGUUUCACUUACAAAAAAUUUCAAAAUUAGACCCCAAUCCUGCAACACACUUGUAUUUAACUUGACUACUGUGAGUAGUCUCAUUGAUUUCAGUGGGACUACUCACAGUAGUGAAGUUAAAUGUGCUCACAACUUUAGUAUUCACCAGAUAAAUGAAAUAACACCUUUUGUUUAAACAUUUUCUUUUUCUCUUUUAGUUUUAUAUUAGUUUAGUUUAUGGAUUCCUUCAUGGGGGAAUAAAUAUGACCAUUAAAUAAAAAUGAUGCAAACCAGAAUAUAAAAUAGAAAUCAUAUCCUUUAAAAUAGACCUGUCAAAAAUGUACUAAAUUUUCAGGACUAUAAUUUUAAAGGUAAAAUCACUGUCAAAAUAUUUUCUCCUAGUUUACCUACAAUAAUAUGAUAUGCUUCUGGCAACAUAGAGUUUUUUCCUGUGAUUUUUAUCCCACUUGU